AGGCAGGCUCACGCCAAAAUAGAGAGAGAGGAUUGAGAGAGAGAAAAAAAACUCGGCUCAAAAAUCGUUUACUCCAGUUCUGUGACGGAACAAUUCAAUCUCUUCUUUACCUUCUUCUGUUACGUUACAUAUCUGUUGAUUUCUGUUUGAUUGCUAUAUUCAUAUGUCUUCUCUACCAGAAAUUCAAGUUCGAGUUAAAGAGACGAUGAAAUCUAUGAGUUAAUCUAGGGUUUCUUGGUUCUGGGUCUCCUCAGAUUUUAAUUUUAGUUUGUGGGAGGAGAUGAUGUCGAAAUUCGAGGCUAGGAAGAAAAUUGGUGAGAAGUCAGGAAAUGGGAAGUUGUUAAAUGACAUUGAAGCUAUAAGUAAAGCACUAUAUGCAGAUAAAACACGGCCAAGGAGUUCUAUGUCUACAGUGAGCAGUCGAUCCAAAUCUGUAGGGAAAACCCAUUUGCCUGAACCAAAAUCAAAGCUAAAUGAUGCUAAUAAAGAUGCACUAGAAAAGGACAAGAAGUCCAUUUGGAGUUGGAAGGCCUUAAAGGCAAAUUUUACUCCUGUCCGAAACCGUAGGUUUGAUUGUUGUUUCACUCUGCAAGUCCAUUCAAUUGAAGGUUUGCCUUUGAAUUUCAAUGAGCUUAGUCUUAUUGUCCAUUGGAAGAGGCGGGAUGGAGAGUUGAUGACUUGCCCGGCUAGGGUUUUUAAAGGUACAGCGGAGUUUGAAGAACAAUUGACGCAUACAUGCUCAGUUUACGGUAGUAGAAACGGUCCCCACCAUUCGGCAAAGUAUGAAGCAAAACAUUUCUUGUUAUAUUCGUCUGUUUCUGGUGCUCCUCAGCUGGAUUUGGGAAAGCAUCGGAUUGAUCUCACGAGGUUGCUUCCUUUGACGUUGGAGGAACUAGAGGAGGAGAAAAGCUCUGGGAAGUGGACAACUAGUUUCAGGUUGUCGGGUAAAGCUAAAGGUGCUAAUAUGAAUGUCAGUUUUACAUAUUCUGUUGUUGGGAAUAGUUCUAUGAUAACUGCUACCAGCAGGGAUGUUCCUGAGGUCCUGAAUAGUGCAAGUACAGUAAAACCCCCGAGGGAACUGAGUCAAAGUGAGGAUCGGAGCUCAAUACAACGAGCCGAAAGUCUUCCUGCUAGGUCUUCUACCUCACUUCGUUCCCCAGAAGACAUAAAGGAUCUUCAUGAGGUUCUGCCAAUUUCAAGGUCAGAACUUGCUGAAUCGGUACAUAUUCUUUAUCAGAAAUUUGAUGAAAACAAGUUGAAUGUUUCAGAUGAUUGUGAACCUAAGCUUGAUGUUUUCAGUGAACCUCUUGAACCCCUCAAACCAAAUUCAUACUUGUUGUCCAAUGCUGUUGAAGCAAAUGUUGAAAAGGAGUAUGAAGUUAGUGAGUUUUCCAUCGUAGAGAAAGGUAUGGAAUUGUCCUUUGAGGAGCAGGUGAAAUCAGAAGAAAAAGCUGUUGAUGGUUCUGGAGUAGAGAAUCUUGCUGGCAGCACUGACGAGGUAGCCCUUGUAGGGGACACCAAGCUUCAUCCCCCAGUUGAAGUUGAGGAAAUUGGCAGUCACAGAAAUGAGCUUGUGGUGACCAAGUGCAAGUCCGAAGAGAAUGAUAUAUGCACCAAAGAAUCACUUAUGAAAGAUUUGGAGUCAGCAUUGGCUAGUGUGUCAGAUUUGGUAAAAGAAGGAUCGGAUUCCCAAGAAGAUGAAAGUGAAAUUUCAAACCAAGAGAAUUACUUGAUGGGAAAAUCAAAUUGUGAAGGGCUUCGGAAGGGCAAGUCACUUAGCUUGGACGAUGCUACUGAAUCUGUUGCUAGUGAGUUCCUGGACCUGCUGGGGAUAGAGCAUAGUCCAUUUGGCUUGAGUUCUGAGAGUGAGCCCGAGUCCCCAAGAGAACGUCUGUUGAGACAAUUUGAGAAGGAUACCCUAGCCAGUGGGUUUUCCUUAUUCAACUUUGAUAUUGAUGGUGAGCAGGCAGAAUUUGGUUACGAAGAUCCAACUGGGUCUGGGUGGGGGACCAUCUCUGAAGACUUCUAUAACUCAUCAAUGGCCCUAGCUUCUGAGAAAAUGCCUACAGUAGCAACAGAAGCAAUGAGGGACAGAACAAGGGCUUUAAUGUUAGAGGAAUUGGAGACAGAGGCUUUGAUGCGUGAGUCGGGCUUGAAUGAGCAGGCUUUUCAGCGUUCUCUGUCUAACAGCUCUGGUGGGUUUGGAAGCCCAAUUGAUUUACGCACUGAAGAUCCUCUCCAGCUGCCUUCCCUUGGAGAAGGCUUAGGUCCAUUUGUUCAGACUAAGAACGGAGGAUUUUUGCGGUCGAUGAAUCCUGCACUUUUUAGCAAUGCCAAAAAUGGGGGAAGCUUGAUUAUGCAGGUAUCUAGUCCAGUCGUUGUACCUGCAGAGAUGGGUUCUGGUAUAAUGGAGAUACUGCAGCAAUUGACUUCAGUUGGAAUUGAAAAGCUCUCAAUGCAAGCAAAUAAGUUGAUGCCUCUAGAAGAUAUAACUGGAAAGACGAUGCAACAAAUAGCAUGGGAAGCUGCACCACGUUUGGAGGAACCUGAGAGGCAAGAUUUCUUGCAGCGUGAAUCAGGGGCAGGACAAAAAACAUCUGUUGGGCAAAAGACAGUUAAAGAAAAAUCAUUGGGACCCAGGCCUAGCAAGUUUGAAUCAAGUACAAUUGGCAAUGAGAUGGACUCAGAAUAUGUUUCCUUAGAAGAUCUGGCUCCUUUGGCAAUUGAUAAGAUUGAAGCCCUCUCAAUGGAAGGUUUGAGAAUACAAUCUGGCAUGUCAGAUCAGGAUGCCCCUUCAAACAUCAGCCCGCAGUCUAUUGGUGAAUUCUCGGCCCUCGAGGGGAAGAGGGUCAACAGUGAUGGGUUUUUGGGCCUUGAGGGAGCUGGUGGAUUGCAAUUGCUGGACAUUGAUGGCAACGGUGAUGAUGUUGAUGGUUUAAUGGGCCUAUCAUUAACCCUUGAUGAAUGGAUGAGGCUGGAUUCUGGUGAUAUUGAUGACGAAGAUCAAAUCAGUGAUCGAACCUCUAAAGUUCUUGCAGCCCAUCAUGCUACUUGCACAGACUUGACUCGUGGAAGGUUGAAGGGAGAAAAAAGACAUGGCAAAGGUUCUGGUAAAAAGUGUGGUCUGUUGGGGAACAACUUCACCGUCGCAUUAAUGGUGCAGCUGCGUGAUCCUUUACGGAACUGUGAGCCAGUUGGUACACCAAUGCUUGCCCUCAUUCAAGUGGAGAGAGUUUUUGUCCCACCAAAACCAAAAAUAUACAGCACAGUCUCAGAAGUAAGGAAGAUUAGCGAAGAAGAGGAUAAGUCUGAGCCUGCCAACAACGAGGACAUAAAGGAGGCACCCAAAGAAGAGAAAAUUUUCGAAGAGGAAGACAUCCCUCAGUUCAAAAUCGCUGAAGUUCAUGUUGCUGGUUUGAAGAAUGAGCCUGGGAAGAAGAAGCUUUGGGGUUCUACUACUCAACAGCAGUCUGGAUCCCGUUGGUUGCUUGCCAAUGGAAUGGGGAAGAAGAACAAGCAUCCACUUAUUAAGUCAAAGCCUGUUGCCAAAUCCUCUUCCCCAGCAACAACUACAGCCCAGCCUGGAGAAACAUUGUGGAGCAUCUCUUCUCGUGUUCAUGGCACGGGGUCUAAAUGGAAGGAAUUGGCUGCACUGAAUCCACAUAUUCGGAACCCAAACAUUAUAUUAUCAAACGAAACUAUCAGGUUACGAUAGCCGAACAAGCCUUUUUACUCAGAAGGAUGAUUUUUAGGAAGCGCUCACUCAGAUAUCCAUCUAAUGGCCAACAGUAGGUAAGGAACUUCUUCAGAUAAUCAUGAACAUAGCAAGACUUGGUCGAUCCACUUUGUGAUGAGUUUGAAUGGUUGCUUGAAGGAUUGAUCCCCAGUCCAGAUGAUAUUUAUCAGUUCUGCCUCUGGUGGUUUCCCUUAUAUUUAUCUCAAACAUGGUCUACCAAAUAACAUGUUUUGAGUAAUAAUAAGGUAGAUGGCAUAGUUUUGCUAUUUAUACUGUCUUCAUUUGUACAUGCAUGUGGUUUGUAAACAUGAUUGAGCAUGGAUGUUCUUGUUUAUUGGAAAGAAUAUUGUGUUGGUGUCUCAUGAAGA